CGGGGGUUAGAAUGACAGAAGCAGCAGUGACGCUAUGUCCCGUAGGAAAGGAGCCUCGCGUGAACAUGACGCUAAUUAGAUGUUUACAGACGAUGCGGUGUUGAAAUCGUGUCCUGAAGAUACAGCGUUUAAACAUGUGUAUUGUUGUUUGUAUGGUAUGAAACAUGUAGAUUAAUGAAACGACACAGACAGACAGACAUUUUGUAUCACGUCGUGUAAAGCGUGGCGGGAGUUAAUUAGCGAGAUGAAAGUUGCUCAACAGUUUCCAUCCCGUCGUGUUGUGGUAAUAAUAGCAUGUGAUUUGAAGGAUUUAGCUAUGGAUAUUGUGGCUUCGUGUUUAGCAUUGCAUAAGACAUUUGAAUAUUAUGGUUUUGCAUGGGACCAGUUAAAGACUGAGGCCUCUCUGUGCUCACUGUUGUGGACAUGUAUGGUAUGGCUGCAAGACAUCAAUGACAGUGUUUGUCGCUGGUGGAAUUAAAGUACCCACACUAAAAUGUCUGUACUGCGAAAGUAUUUUUCUUUCCCUGCUUCUUCAUCACACUUUAUUUAAUUCACCUCGUUGUCAAACAUCAUCUGGUAGUAGUUAAUUUAUAAAUAAACAUAUGAGCAGUUGAUGAAAUAUCCUGAAAUAACCAGCUUCUCAAAUGUGACAAUGAUCUUUUUGUUGUGCACAAGUCAAUAUUUUUGUUAUUUACAAUAAUUGUAAUAUUUUGACUGUUCCAUUGUAAUAAUUUUGGGCUUUCCCAGAUAAAAGACGACCAUUGUGAAACAGUGGUGGUUAUUUCUUUAGUCACAAGGGAGAAUUCAACAACCGCCUGCUAAAAUGUGUCUGACUGUGUGUGUGAAAUUUAGGAGGACCAUCUUGCUGUGACCUAAACAAUUGCAACAUGCAACAUUCUCCUCUUCCUCAGUCUUUCAUUUGAAAAACAGUUGCCAGGGCAUGGUUUAUCUGCUUUUGUUGAAUGUUGAUGACAUUUUAUCUUCUAUCUCAACUUGUAUUGUAUUAAGUUCCAAAUACCGUUCCGUGGGUGUCAUUUUCACACAACCUUCAUACAUGACGUUGUACCCAACUUUAUGGGAUCCAUAUUGCACAAUUAUGCACAGUCAUGCAAUUAUCUUAUAAGAUACGGUCGAUAUAGGCUACUGUGUAUGAUUUGGGGCCAGACCCAGACCAAAGAUGGCCACUGUGAAACAACUGUGGCGAUUUCUUUAGUCAUGGCUCUGAAAUUGUGGUCCUAUGUCUUACUGUGAGAAAAAUGGCAUGGCCAAAUACUACUUUGCUGACAAAAACCCAUAUAUGUGUAAAAGUAAUUACCUCAAGCUCCUGAGUAACCGUGACAUUGAUAUAUUUAUCUUGUAUUUCUUUGUAAACCAAACAAUCAUUUGAAUAACUGGGAAAAAUCACAAGAGUUUUACUUGUAUUUAGUUGAGUGUUAACACUCUUAUUUGGGUGAAGCAUCUGAAUAGUUUCUCCACUGAUGUUUAUGGAAAGUUCCAACUGAUGAGCAGGAAUUACAGGAAUGCAUUGGUAGUUGAUACAAGAAAAACUGGGUAUUUGAAAUCAUCCGUGGUUUGAGGCUUAAUUCAAAAACAAAGACUCUUAAGAACAGCCAGGAAAGGUACUUUUACCUUUAAUGGAUUUCAGAUAAUUGACCAGGGCAUGGUUGUGAUCAUUUAAGUAAAAGUAGUAAGUUAAAGAAAGAAAGAAAAAAGGCUUAAAAAAUAGUAUUGGUGGUAAAAUAUUUGUUGAAAUGAAUAACGCAUCACAUUUCAAACAAUAUUUCCAUAUGAAAUGUUUAGGACAAGAACUACCAAGUAAAGUCAAUGAUGACAUUUUGUAAACACGUUGAUUGAUGACAGAUUCACAUAUAGUUACCAUUAGGUGCAGUCCUAGUUUCGACUAAUAUCAUAUUUAAAUACUCUUGUAGUUACCCUCAAGCAUUUUGUGGGCAGAAUUUUAAAGACUGUCAUUGAAAACAUUACAUUAUUAAGAAAGUCUUACCACAACUUUGCAUAAGAAGCUCGUCAACCAAAUUCACACAUAUAUUAUAGGGUUAUAUCUGCUCUCUGAGAUGAGUGCACCGUUUAGGGAGUGUUUUUAUUGCCAGGCCUCACUCAGCUGUGGAGAAGCAGGAGUUUAUGUCACCCCACUGUGGUGGUUGCAUUGUCCUCAGCUGCCUGCAUUGACAGCAGAACUGUCUGUUUAGUUGCUAGCAUUUGAAAGUCUGGGCUCUGUUUUGCUGUUGACAAUGAGGUGACAAAAAUUCAAAAGGGUGUUUGUAAAUUGCAAGUUUGCAAGGGGCAGCAGUUGCAUUAAACCUUAGAGAAAGACAGUUGUAAGCAGCUUCUUCAUGUAAACAGUUUUUUCAUUUUCCCCCGUUCACAUGCACAUAGCAGCUCCCAGAUAAACACAAUGUACAACAUAAAUCACUGAAUGCUUGGGACACAUGAAGCCGCAGUGUUGCGAAACAGUGAAUAAAUCACCCUUAUUUUGAUAGAAUGAUAAAAGAUGGACGUAAAUAGUGCUUUGUUUUUGUUAAGUUUUGCUUCUGCGUCCAUUGAGUGUUGUGCAUUUAAGAAUGUUGCUUAAGUUGGAUAGUUCAGUAAAUGUAGGAUCGUUUGUGAAACGCAUGCUAACCAAAAACACUAAAAUGGUGUUGAACUUCAUACCUGCUAUAUAUCAAACACAUUAUGCAAAUUAUGUCACUAUCACAAGAUGGCAGCACCUGUGUGAGGGUGUACUUGGCUUCAGGUUUCUUCUUUAUUUGUUUAAUUCACUCGGCAAACAAACCAAUGUACUCUCAGAGUUUCCAUGUUCAUUAGUUGUCUGUUUCCAGUGGAAACAUGGUUCCCAAACGCAGACCUAGACAGUCUCAUCAACCUUUUAAGGAAUAAAAAAAUACACGUAACCAUCUUGUGACUAACAGUGCACAACAUCUCAAUUUGUUUUACCCCUAGUAUAUUUGCAGGUCAUGAGUUCAGGUCCAAGGGAAGACAGACGUCUAUGGUUGUAGUACUUCAUGAAAGGGGGCACUUUCACCUAUAAAGCUGAUCUGUGCAGGUGUCUAGAGGACAUGUUACACUUCCACACUCACAGCAGUGGGAUUGUUUGCACACCUCUGCUGUUUUUCUCCCUCUCUCCCUUCUGAGAGUAUAACUUUCUGUCAGCUAUUCCUGGAGCUGGUUGGUAAACACACUCAUUGUGAGCUGCUUAAUACCCCUUUCAAGCUGUCCUUAUUAGGGGUGUGAUGCUUUAACUUAUUCAUGCUGUUCCGUUCAGUAUGCUAGACUCUUUUCUCAUUGUGAUUCAACUGUGAACUUUCUCUCAUCUCACAGUAUGGUACAGAGUUUUUACUUCAUCUUUGUAUCAUGAUCCUUUUGGGUUAUGUGUACGUUAUGCUCACACCCCAAUUCAUUUUGAUGUUUGUGAUAAUGUUGUGUAACAGAAAACAGUUAUAACUUGGCGGUGAAGAACAGAUUUAUGGACUCUUUCUUUGUGCAUGGACAUUUGAUGUAGUCCUGUUUUGGUCCCAUCACAUCAGUGUCAAAAUAUGAUGGUGUCUGCAACAUAACAAGGUGUGUGACAUGAAAAAAAGAAAGAUUCAAGCAUUUCUACUGCUUGAGCGGUGCAGUAUGUAUGAGGCCUAUGGAAUCACUUAACACAGAAUUGAGUUCUGUGUAAGGAAAUACUAUUACUUAACAUUUACAUGAUCAUUUACACACAAGUAAGGGAGAAAGAUGUGGGGGGGCUGAUAAGUGCAGGUCUGGGUACGUCCUUCACAGUUCAGUUUGAUCCCUUGUAAAGCCGUGUGGACCACUGCAUUGUUGAAUCCUGGUGUGGAAUGUGUACCAAGGCCUUUGGCCAGAGCACCACGGGCUUUACGACAACCUUGAUACAAAUCUCUGUAAGGAGAUACCUGUGAAUUAUCAGAGGGAACAAAUGUUGACAUUAGUUCAGGUCAACUGAUGUUAUUUAUUGCCUUGAACAUGUGCUUUUUUUCUGCUGAUUAUACAGAGUACAUACCUGAAAUUCAAUCCCCCAAACAAUGUCCGAAGCAGCUAUACUUUUCAUUUAGCUGCAAUUAAUUACUUGCAGGAAUUCAGUAUCAUAUACGGAAUAUUGUAUUUUAGAAUUGGGAGUUGUAGAGUAAAUAUCCAGGAUUAUUAUGUGUUGUUUCUUGAACUUGACCUGGAAAAUAAACAAUAACGGUAAUUAUUACAGUGUGAUUUUACUUCAGGAGCACAACAACAAAAAUAAUAGAAUACAUACAUUAGAUAUUAUAUUUAUGAAUUACACAAAUACACCUCGUGGAUCAACACAGCAUUUUACUUAAGAAUUGUGAAUCAUUUUGCAGUUUUAAUUUUGUGGUGUAAACUUUGUCUUUGGUUUACUGAUUAUUAACUAUCAACUGAAAGAUUGGGAUGAUUUAUAUAAUCAUGUAAUCUGGAAGUAAUUGAUCAAAUAGUAGUAGAGGUAUUUUAACGUCAACCGAAGUGAGGGACCGACUGACCGACAGAAUGAUAAUGCUGAUAUCCCGAGAGCAGUUAUUGAAAUAGUUGUCAGUUAAUUUUGUGAUGGUUGUCUCAUCAGUUCAAGAGCAUCAUGAACAGGAAUGACAUUGGCGUUAUUCCUGUUCAUCUGCUGUGAUCAGAGAGGCUCAGCACUGGUGCAUAUUUGUUGUGGUAAGCUAAUUGCAGAAUGGUAUGACUGUGUAUUCACUUUGCUUUUGUGCUGAUGAUGGUGAGGAGGCCCUGACUCACUGAGCUCCUCUCUGAAAGGCCACUUACUCACAGUGACUGACCACAGAGACAUACCAGUGGGGUGGGGUGGAGUUUAAACUCUACCCACAGUGUCGGUUCACAACAUGUUAGGUGUUCUUCCCAAAGCUCCCCCUUCCCUGGAAAUGGACACUGCUGGUGUAUUUAUAGCUGCUGAGCACAAGCGAGCUCUCUUUUUUAAACACGGCUAAGGAUCUGGUCCUUCUAACAAGAGUUGUGCCGAGUUUUGCUGUUACAUAUUCUCUGGUACGCUGUCGCUGCUUGUGUCUAGAGGGACUUCUCAGAUGAAAACAUAAGUCGAUGCAGGAAAUGGAUCACCCAGAGAGAGAAGAGAUGGAAAGGCCAGUUUUGCAAACACAACCGUCCACUCUGCCGUUUUUUGACACGGCCCAUGCCUUUAACCUGCUGCGGGGAAUCCAUGAACUCAGAGCAGAGCGCAAAUUUUUUGAUGUGACUCUGUGUGCUGAGGGUCGCGAGUUCCACUGUCACCGCACAGUGUUGGCCGCUGCCAGCACCUACUUCCGGGCUAUGUUUGCAGGAACACUGAGGGAGAGUGUUAUGGACCGGGUAGUUCUACAUGAGGUGUCAGCAGAGCUACUAGGUCUGCUGGUGGACUUCUGCUACACAGGACGUGUGACCGUCACUCAGGAUAACGUGGACCUCCUUCUGAAGACGGCUGAUCUGUUUCAGUUUCCCUCUGUCAAAGAGGCUUGCUGUGCAUUUCUGGAACAGCGGCUGGAUGUUUCCAACUGCUUAGAGAUCCAGGACUUUGCAGAGGCUUAUGCGUGCAGAGAGCUGGCAACCAGUGCUCGCCGCUUUGUCCUAAAAAAUAUAAUGGAGCUGGCUAAAGGGACAGACUUUGAGAGGCUGCCUUGGAAGCGUCUGCUUGAGUUUAUAUCGGACAACGAGCUCUGUGUGGACAAGGAGGAGACAGUUUAUCAAAUUGCAGUCCGUUGGGUGAAGACUGAUCUCAAGCGGAGACUGCACUACUGGCCGGAGCUCCUGCAGCAGGUCCGGCUCCCUUUUGUCAGGAGGUUCUUUCUGUUGGCCCAUGUCGAGAGUGACCCACUUGUGUAUCUUUCGCCAACCUGCCUCCGCAUGGUAAACGAAGCCCGUAGCUUUCAGUCAUGUGAGUACGACCGCCAUGACAGGCCCUGCCAUCGAAUGCGGCCACGGCCGUCCACAGGACUGGCAGAAAUCCUGGUGGUGGUGGGAGGCUGCGACCAGGACUGUGAUGAGCUGGUCACCGUGGACUGUUACAACCCCCAGACCGGACAGUGGCGCUACUUGGCUGAAUUCCCUGACCACCUUGGAGGAGGAUACAGUAUAGCUGCCCUUGGAAACGAUAUGUAUGUGACAGGGGGUUCUGACGGCUCUCGCCUCUAUGAUGGUGUGUGGCGCUACAAGUCCAGUGUCAAUGAGUGGACAGAGGUGUCGCCCAUGCUGAAGCCCCGCGAGUACCACAGCUCAAGUGUUCUGAAAGGUCAGCUCUACGUGGUGGCGUCAGACAGCACUGAGCGCUACGAUCACACACUGGACUGCUGGGAAGCCUUACCGGCCAUGCUGCACCCCAUGGACAACUGCUGCACCACCACAUGCAGCGGACGCUUGUAUGCAAUAGGCUGCCUGGCCGGGGAAGACACGAUGGCCGUCCAGAGCUACGAUGCAGACACCAACCGCUGGACCAUGGUCAACUGUGGACAGCUGCCUUCAUGGUCCUUCACACCGAAGACUGUGACCCUCAACGGCCUCAUCUACUUUGUCAGCGAUGACUCAGCAGAGGUGGAUGUUUAUAAUCCCCAGAAGAACAAGUGGGACAAAAUUACCCCAAUGAACCAGGUCCAUGUUGGAGGGAGUGUGGCAGUCUUGGGUGGUAAAUUAUUUGUGUCCGGUGGUUACGACAGUACAUUUGAGCUGUCGGAUGUGGUGGAGGCCUACGACCCCACCACCCACAAGUGGACUCUCGCUGGACGACUACCGCAGCCGACCUUCUGGCACGGCAGUGUCAGCAUAUUCCGCCAGUUCAUGCCGCAGGUGUCCAGUGCAUUUGAACCCACUCUCAUACCGGAGUCGAACGCCAUUCACCUGCACCGCCAUCAGCGCCACCAAGCGCUCCACAAUCUCAACAACAAUCUCAACCAGAACCAGGACGUGAACCCAGCUCACUGAGUUUGGACUUCAAAGUUCCUCUCGGAGGUGUUUAGUCUGUCCUCCCAUCAUUGUGCCAUCAUCAGUUUAUUUUGAAAUACCCCUGUCACAAUUUUAAAGCUAAAGAGAGAGAAGUAUUGCGUUGUCUGAGCUAUUUUUUAGUUCACUAAGUGUCAUAGUGACUAUCACUUAAGUCUGGUGACUGGAGAAAUAUAAAUGAAGGUUGUGUUUCUUAACUUUGUUCAUAUAUGAAAUGUUCUAGAUGUUUCCAUAGAAAAGCCUUAGGAGGUAGGUGUAUGCUGCCUUUGAUGGAUUUGACCUGAAAUAGUGAAUAGUUCCUGUAAAUGGGCAGACUUUUUAUUUGAACAGUAAUAGCAAGUAAUAAUUAAUAAAUGGUCAAUAUUUAUGACCAAACAGAACAGAAUUAUGCUUGUGUUUAGACAUCUGUGAGUUAGCCGAUGAUCUGAUGGUCUGAAGAUGAGUCUCGAUAAGCAGCCACGAGAAUAACACAUACUGUAAAGUGGCGUUGUUGGUAAUGUAUGCUCCAAAAAAUGAACAAAUUGGCAGAAGACAGAAGUGAACUCUGGUUCAGCUUUGUAGAUUUUUAUCUACUAAAGAAAAGUUCAGAGUCAGACUAAAAUUAGCGUCAUACUCUGACGAUUUCUAGGCUUGAGCAGAAGCUAAAUAUUUGGUCAGAAAUGGCAGUUAAUCUGUCUACAUUCCAAAAAUGGCAACAAUCAGUGUAGCACUAAACGGACAGAUGAAAAAACACCCUCGACUUAAACGUGUGUUGAGAAGCCUUUUCUUCAUGGUAGAAUAUCAGGAUGGUUUCACGUUUUACAAACUUUGGUUGAUACUUGUGGUUUUUUUUGUAACAUUGCUUGUGAUCUAGGCUGAACAGCGCCCCCUUGUGUCAGCCCUGUCCUUGAAACGAAGUUCAAUCUGCAGCCCUUAUAACCACCAGUCUAAUGUGCAUGCUGUUUUUAUUAUUAUUUAUGAAUGUGUGACUACUUUGUUUGUUUGUUUAUUUAUGGGCGUAUUUGUGCUGUGGUUGCUAAAGAUCUCCCUGCCCAUCAACACUGGCAAAUAGUGGAGGGUCAGCGGUCUCAACUGGAAACACUAUACAAUCUCAAUUUCCUCUCAUGUGUAAAGUAACUCCUGCUUUGUUGGGACUUUUGAUUUUAUGUCAUGCAUCGUUGUUUUCAUAGGGUUCAUACAAGUUUGUCUUGUAAAAAGAGAAUAUUUUAAAUCUUAUAUAUAUACUGUGUUUGUGUUAAUGUUUACAAAGUAGUUGGCAUAAAU